UCCAUUCUCAACUUACAGUCGUAUAUCUAAGUUUGUCUCCACCACCAAGUGGGGGCUGGGAGAUGAGAAGAGAGCUCAGCAUGGCUUGCUUUGAGAGGGCAUCACCUGCACUCAAGGAGAUCCUGCUCAAGUUGUAUCGUGCUGAAAAGCAUGUGGAGGUUGAUCAUCACUUGUAUGAAUUUGGUUCUGUAGAGUACCAUAUUCAGUCCCCAGCAGCAGAUCCAAAUCAUAACUACCUGUCAAUAUCAACUCCAUUGCUUUCCCAUGGCGUUCUGCAUUCAUAUGGGUUCUCACCAUACACAAUACGGAUGCUCAAGGAGGUUUGUUCUGAUGCUGUGGAAAUUGUUGAACCCCCAAGAGAAGGAUACCAGCUCACUUUAAAACUUGAUUUUUCCAAGAUUCCAAGUGAAAAAGAAUCAGAAAAGGUGAUUAGACAAAUUUCUUCGGUGCAAGCAGUCAUUUUAAGUUCCCAACUGAAAGAAAUGUUGGAGAAUGUCAAUUCUCAGGAUGUGUCUCAGGGGAUGUAUAAGCCAAUCAAACUUGUCUACCACCCAAGAGAACCAUUUUAUGUCAUCAAACAGCAACAAAAAAUCACUGCAGUAUUCCCAAUGCGUUUUAAAGAACCUUCAGAUGUGAUCAUAGCAACAGCCUUUUUUCAGGAACUUAUGGAUGUGGGAAGUUCAGAAAAAUGGUCCAAAGCACCACCUUGCACCUGGUCACCCAUUCCUCCACCAGAAUUAAGAGGAGAGCCUUUAGAAGAUUUGAGCACCAAUGGAGGGUUUGUUUCUUUUGAUAUUUCAUCUCGUCAUGUUGAAGGUAAAAAACUAGAUAAGACUGUAUGGAGUCUGUUAAACUUCUAUGCCUAUGUGAAAAACCACAUAAAGUGCACCAGAGGAUUCAUACAGAGAAGGAUGCAAAAGCGUUUGGAAAACUUGGUUGAGGUCCUGCACAAGGAAAAUCAAGAAGAAGAAGGAGAUGUUAAAAAGGUUAAAGAAAAUGCAGGAUGUAGAUAUGUUAGAAAACUGGUAAGGUUCCCAAAAUCUGCAAUGCUUAAACAAAGAUGUGGUGAGUUCACCAAAAGGAUGAAGCGGAUUCGUUUUCGAAUUAAAAUCCAUGGAUUUGGGCGUUUUCGGAGACGUUGGUUGACAAUCCCAAAGUUAUCUUCUCCAAUGAGAUAUACUAAAAUAGAUUAAUUUAUAUCCUAUAUCUAAUAGGUUAUUUGCAAUUAAGACAUGCAAUAUGGUGCCACUCGUGGACUUUAAUGUUUUCGAUGAUUGUUACUACAAGCCUUUUCUAAUAGCAAUACAUGCAAAACUGUAUGUUGGUCAAGCCUA